AUGGGGCGGUAUCGGCGGCAGACAGGUCACCUCCAAGGCACCUUUGAACCUCCAAGGAUUCAGCCCAGUCAAAGGCCCGGCCAGUACUCGACGCAGCCCCAGUACAAUCAACUGUCGCAACCCCCGUUUUCGACCCCGGCAAUGCAGCCGCAUUGGCAUUCUGGACAACCUCGCCCAUACAGCUUUGUUGUGGCCGAAUCUCACAAUACUCCAUCGACCACAGAUGCUCUCAGCCCCGCGAGUACCCGGUCUACGCAUUCUCGCGGUAGCGUGGCGACCCCGACAAGCACAAGCUAUACUGCAGCACUGGGAUAUGCUCCGACGAUUCCUCAAGAUGCUGACGGCACCUGCAGCCCAAGAGCCAGCCUGCCGACAUCCCAUCCCGCCGAAUAUGCCGGUAACCAACCCAUGAACCCAGCAGCGUUAGCUGUCGACCACAGGUGGGAAGCAGCCCGUGCGAUGACAGAUGCUGCUGUUGUGGGCGUCGACCCUCGCGCUUCCGUUGACGAGCUAUCUCAUUAUCCAGAUCCAGCCGGGCAACAGCGAUUCCCUGGUCAGAACCAACCGUGGAGUACACAGCUACUCCGUCAAGAAAACCUAUAUUUCAAUACGGGGCCAAGAUCUCCGGUGAUUCCCGUGCUACAUUACCGCCACUCGCUCACGAUUCGUGAAAGAGGCCGCGGCGGUCGGACGAGGCCCCUUAACCCGGUCCAGAGACAAGAGACUCGUGAUGUGCGGAAACGGGGCGCUUGUCUCCGAUGUGUGAUCAUGAAGGAAAAGUGUGAUUGCAAGAGCCCUUGUAACAACUGCUUCACCAAAGACCGGCGAAAGUGCCCAAAGUACUGUAUUCCCAGUCGUUGCGACUGGGACGUGUGCAAAGUCAGCUUGUUCCCACGUAAGGAUCAUCCAUCCAUUCCGAAUACAGUCACUGACCAGACAGCUGAAUUGACGUCCCGCCUACGAAAAGAGUAUCUGGUCCCCUAUCUUGCUAACACCACCAUUUGUGUUUCUCAUCGGCCUUUCUGGCUCCAGUUGGAGCUGCACAUCGGAAUCCCUUUAGACGUUUUGGUUAUGGAGUUUUCGCCUCCAGAACCAGAUUGGGAGACGCGCUACGCAUUCGAGACAUCUUACGAUUGUAACGGGGAAAAGACACUUGCCAGAGAUCAAAACUGGAAUCCACCAAUCGUCAUGUUCAUUUGUAACGGCGGAUUCGAAAAGACGGUAGCGCAAGUUCGCAGUAAACUAGUUGGGAUAUUUGACCAAGUGUUGAACGAUCCCCAGCGAUACGUUACGUGGACAGAGCAGUACUUUGAGGACGAGGAUGAAGCUUUCCAGUGCAACAUUCUUCGCCUUAUCGGCAGAUACUAUAGGGACGACAUAGCGGAACAUUCCAUUCUCAAGGAUUCUCUACGGCUUUUGUGGUUCGAGUAUCUACUUCUAAUCAGAUUCGUCGUUCCAGCCGGAGCGGUAUCGGCUCUCCAAGACAAUCUCAGCUCAAAAGGACGAUAUGGUGCUGGUCAGUAUGCGCACGUCAUACCAGAGACGAUCAACCGCUUUCUGAAAGCGACGCUCCUCCCAGGGGCCGAGAGAGCUGCGGAGAGGCUCCUGAAAAGUCUCCACGACAUGAUGUUUAAAAUGGCUGUUAGCCAGAAAUCAUCCCAGAGUAGCAGGGAUUUGGUCUUGUGCAUGCUUUUCAUUUUGGUCAUAUACGUUGGCCGAGCCCAACUUGGCAUAUUUAUGAUUCCCCAAAUGCCGGGUAUGAAGGAAGAAACGGGGUGCUCCCAGGAACAAGCCGAGGCCAAGAUCGAAGAGAUGGAGCAAAGAGUGUGUGACUUCCUUUUGUCCUUCCACAAAUACGCCCUGAGCAGAACGUCUUCCAGGUCGUUGGCGGCAUCUGGUGAGCCUGAUUCUCCUAGUGAGCGUCACGCCCGAGCAUUUGGGUUGGAGAACAAAUUGCGGCACGAGAUUGAGGAGCACGUGAGCGAAAAACCCGAGAGGCUGGAGCCGGGCGAGUUUGACAUGAAUACGAUCCGGUACUUGAAUGUGCGGCGGUUAUGUUGGAAGGUGAUUGAGAACAUGAAGUAA